UUACUUUUAUUCGACUUUGAUUGAUCCCAGCAGAACACAUGAUGAUGAUGAUCCUCCCCUGCUCUGUGAGAUGGUACACACCCGCUGCAGGUUUCGCGGCAUCGCUUCCUUUUAUCUCGUGUUUAAAUCGGAAGUAGAUGACGCGAGCGCACUGAUACAAUGUCACAAAGUGACUGAAUGAUACAAUCAAACAUGAAUCCGCGGGAUAAACGGACUGCAGGCUGGAGUUGACAUCAGUCACCGGUGAAUCCGCGCGUCGCGUGACAGAAGACGCUUUCCCCGCAGCUCGAGCUGUGAAACACGAAACAGACUGAAGCGCGCGAGCAGCGGGACAGACGCAUCAUUCGUGCUCGUUUUUAUUUCGGCUGUAUCGGAAUGUCUGCCGGGAUUCAGAGGAGGAAAUAUUGAACACGCAGCGCUGCAUCACCGCGACGAACCGCGUGGAUUCAUGUUCUGCAUAUCUAAUGCACAUGUUCAUUUAGGAAAACACCCCACAGGUCUUCAGAGGAUCAAGCUGUUUUUAACUUUAUUUUAGCUAUGAACUAUUCUAUUCGAAUAUAUUUAUUUUGCGAGCAUAUUGUGGAAUAUUUUAAAUGUAAAUCUUCCAAUGAGCUUGAUCUUAAAUUAUCCACAAGGAUUAAGCUACAUUUAUUUUUUAGGGUUAGUUUGCGUGUACAUGUAAAAAUGUGCAAUUUAUAAUUUUUUUAUUAAAGUUCAAAUUAUUAUUAUUAUUAUUAUUAUUAUUAUUAUUUUUGCUCAAUAUGGACAGCGGUUUGUUUUUGUUAUUGCUCAGAAUUUAAUCAGUAAGGAGUUAAUGGUGUAUAAAUGCUUUUUUUGGUCAACUUUAUGUAAUCCAGUAGUUUGGUGAUUUUACCAAAAAGUGUAAACAGGAGAAUUUUUAGGAAACCUUUUUGAAAACAGUCAGAUAUGUUGUAAUUAUAUUUGUUGACGCUAGUGGUGCAGAAAUAAUUGGCUGCAGUUUUCUUUUGAAGCUGUUUAAAACAUGAAGGAAGUGUGUCGCAUCUGUGCGCGUGAGCUGUGCGGUAACCAGCGGCGAUGGAUCUUUCAUCCGGCCAGCAAACUGAACCUGCAGGUGCUGCUGUCUCAUGCGCUCCGCUGCGACUUACAGCGGGACGGCCGCUGCGAAUUUGUCUGCAGCAAGUGCGUGUUUAUGCUGGACCGGAUGUACCGCUUCGACACGGUGAUCGCGCGCGUGGAGGCGCUGUCCAUCGAGCGUCUGCACAGACUCCUGCAGGAGAAAGAGCGCUUGCGACAGUGCAUCAGCGCACUCUAUCGCAAAAACAAUCCCCAUGCGGUGUCCGAGACAAGCACGUCCUGCACGGUUGACUCGUCCGGCCUGCGUGAUGUUCAGUAUUGCACGCUACUGCAGGACAAUCUGAUGUACUGCAUGUACGAGUCGUGGGCGGAGGACGAGGAUCAGACGCUGGAGUUUCCCCACAAUCCUCAGUGUCACGCGUCAGAGGCGUCCUCGUCGUCUUGGCUCCACUCACGCAGGUGUCGAGGCUGCAGCACUUUACGUGUUCUUGACUCCGACUAUGAGGCCGUUUGCAAGGUGCCCAGGAAGGUCGUGAGAAGCAGUUCCUGUGGCCCGUCCACACGUUAUUCGGCGAGCAGCGCAGGGAGCCUGUGCGGGGAGGAGCAGACUGCCACCUCAGCCACGCUGGUGCCAGAGAGACAGCGAACGGUGUCAAGGUCGUCUGACGGAGAUCGGACUCUCCGAGACCACGAGAUCUCGAGCGCCUCUGUGGAAUCUCUGGAGAAAACUCUCGACGUGUCGCCCAGCAAACUUCUGAAGAACGAUGAAGUGGACGGCAGCAGCUUGGACUCUGAGGAGCAUCUCGGAGCUUCAUCAAAGCUGUCGCUGGCUCUGUCGCUGCUGCAGAACUGUGUGUACAAGCCCGUUCAGAGUCGGCGAGGCAGUAAACUCCCUGUUCUCAUAAAGUGUGGCUUUUCCAAUGGAGGCAGUAAGUUGGACAAUCCAGAACAGGUCCUGUUUGAUGGGGUGAACUGUACGCUCAUAGAGCCAGAACCUCCUGGAGUUCGGCUGGAUCUGGCACUGGAACUGACCCAACUUGAGGAGCUGUGGAGUGACGUUCAUGAGGAGUAUCUGCCCUUCUGUUUGAGGAAGGUUUCAAAGAAAACACUGAUGUCAUACACACAGAUACACCUGCACAAAGAUCAGAUGACGCCUUUAUUCUGCAUGUGUGUGUGUGUGUUUCAGAGUCUGGUGGAGGAGCAGCAGUCGCAGCUGCAGCAGUAUGAAUGCGCAGCCGCUCAAUGCGUCAGUGAACUGCAGAAAGCGCAGCUGCAGGUGCAGACGCUGCAGAACAAGAUUCAUAAGAGUGAAGCCAGCAACCAGGAGCUGCAGGUGAAGUUGUGUGAGAUGGAAGUGGAGCUUCGGUCCAUCAGACAAGCUUCUCAGAACCAAGAAAGAACGAUCCAGAACCUCACAGAUGACCUCAACACUAAACACACUGAGACACAGGAGUUGUAUCAUGUGAUUGAGGAUCAGAACAGCACACUGCGUAAACUCAGAGAAAUGACACACAACCAGCCACAACACAUACAGGCUGCAGAUGGCGCCGUGGACUCGUCGCUCAUGUCUUCGCAGAGUUCUCUGUUGUCGUAUCAGCUGGAGUUGGAAGCGAAUCGACGCGCUCACAGACUGAUACAGAGACACAUGGAGGAUGUGACGCGCUCACGAGACCGACUGCAGGACGACCUGAAUGAUGUGCUGCAGCAGAGAGAGGACACACACAAACACAACCAGGAACUGUGUAAAGCGCUUGAGCAGCUGCGGUCGGAGCUGCAGGUGAAAGUGUGUGAGCUGCGAGAUCAUGAGACGGACUCGCGUACAGAGAUCACAAACAGAGACAAAACCAUCUCACAACUGCAGCAGAGAUUACGACACAAAGACACACUCAUACAGGAGUAUUCAGAACUGCUGGAGCCCCCGUCUGACUCCACUGCACCCCGAGAGAGAGACGCAUUACUGGACACGCUGAGGAGUCGUAUUAAAGACAGAGACAGAGCGCUGGAGCGCUCGAUCGAUGAGAAGUUCUACUGUCUGGAGGAGAAAGACUCUGAGGUGCGUCGGCUGCAGUUGGCACUCCGUGAGAAAGAGCGAGAUCUCGAGAGACUGCGCUGCAUCCUCAACAACAACGAGGAGACCAUCACGAGUUUGGAUGCUGUGGUGUGCAGUAAGCAGCUGGAUUUGGAAAGGACGCAGGAAGCGUGUCGGAGACUCGAGUGUUUGAAACAGCAGAGUGACGACAAACACACACACGCUGUAGGAGAGAGAGACGACAUCAUUAACCAGCUACAGACAACUAUACACACACUCAACAAAGAGACAGAGGAGUUGAGGUCCUUGUUGAUCGGUCCGGUGUCGUCCGCUGAUGUCUUGCAGCAGCUUCAGUCUCAUCUGUCUCUGAAAGAGCGUCUGUUUGAGGAAGUGAUGUCAGAGCGCAGCAGACAGACACAGGAGCACCACACACAGCUGAAUCAUCUGCUCGACACCAUCAGCGCCAGAGAUAAAUACAGUCAGGACUACGGCGAGAGGUUGGGGCGAGUCAUAUCAGAGCGUUCGGGUCAGUUGCAGGAGUUGCGCCGGCAGCUGUCGUCACGGGAACGAGAGCUGAAUGACGUGAACAGGGAGAGAGAGAGAGAGCGAGAGAAAGAGAGAGAGUUGCAGAAACUGCAGAGUCUGCUGAAAGAGAAAGACAAUUUCAUACAGUUACUGCAGGGUCAGACUGAUGCCACGCUCACCUCCGCACCAGCAGGGGCAGCACUGAGUGUGUUUACAAACAGCUCAGGUGAUCUAGAGGUACAAGCCAUCAGAGAUGAACUACAGCUGACCCUCAACAAACACAGAGAGACUGAGCGGGAGCUUUCAGAGUUGCGAUCUGCACUGACUGCAGGAUGUGAUGGCACCUCGGGCACAGAUCAGCAGUGUGUUCUGCAGCAGCUGGUGUUUGAGCAGCAGACACUGAAUGAAGCUCUGAGAUCUGAGAAGAAACUGUAUGAGAACAUCAGACACAUCAACAGUCAGACAGACGGCGUGGAGAAGACUCGCGCGUUACACGCUGAACUGGACUCCGUUCAGGUGCUGCGCGAACAGCUCGAAGACGUCCUGACGCGGACCCGAGAGACAGCGCUGGCACAUGUGGACUAUGGAGGUGGGCACGGCAGCGUUUGGCCCGCUCAUACUAACUCUGAAAUAGACACAAAUAGAUCAAGUGCAUGUGUGUGUAAAAGUUUCAGGAGUCUGAUAGUGUCUGUUGUUCUAGAGUCCAGCACUGAUGAUGAUGAUGAUGAUGAUGAUGAUGAAGAAGAUCAGGACAGCAGUGAAGAGUUCACAGACAGUAUCGAAGAUGAUGACACGAAACUUACAGCUCAGAGUCUCAUGAAUACACUGAACGUGGGGAUGAAGAGGACUGUAUUGUCCCAGAAUGCAUCAGCGGGUGACGAGGUGGAGCAGAGAAUGAGAGAGAUGAGUGAAGAGAAGACCAGCACUGGUUACUGCACACACACUCACAUCAGGAACACUCUACCAAAUACGAAUGAAGAAAGUGCAGCGCUGAAUCAGAAUGAAACUGGAUUAGAAUCUAGAGGUGAAUUGGAAUCUGGAUUGAAAUCUGGAUUAAGUGCGGAUGAAAAGGUACCUGUGAGGUGUCGAGGGUUGGAGGAGAGUGAAACAGAUCGGCUGAACUGCAGUGAAACUCUGAGAGCUUCCCAUACACUCCCACGGGAAGAAGAGGAGGAACGGGAUGAUGAAGAUGUUCGGGCCCCUCAGGUCAAGCGUCGCUCCCCUCCUGUGAAGAUCAGGGAGGGAGAGUUGAAGAGACGUUGCACCAGACCGCAUUCCCUUGACCUCGGAGCGUUGCUGUCACACAAACCUGCAGCCAAUCACAACACACACAAUGUGCAGCUGGAGCACGAGGUGGAGAGAGACGACUCAGGGUCGAGCACUGGACGAGGAGGCGGGGUCAUUGGGUUCUGGCAGCAUGUGGAGGCGGGGCUUCGGGAGCAGGCAGAGGGUCUCCGUAGCGACCUCGCCAUGAGUCGUCAGGAGAGCCGCGAGCUGCAAGAGAGACUGAUGGUUUCUGAGGCCACCGUACACGCACUGAAUGAACAACUAAAAGACUACAGAGAACUACUCACGGAGAGUGCCGUACAACAUGACAGUAAACACGUGCAGGUGGAUCUGCAGGAUUUGGGAUAUGAAACAAGCGGUCGCAGUGAGAAUGAAGCAGAGAGAGAUGACAUCAGCAGCCCAGAGUUUGAGGAGUUGCAGAUGUGCGUCUCUCCCUCGGGGAACAAACGCUGCGGUUGGCAUGGCGACAGUGACGGCACUCAGAUGGACGACGCUUCCUCACUGCAGCGUUUGGUGCAGGACCUGCGCGGGCAGCUCUCUCGCUCUCAUAAAGUGAUCCGCGGCCUGCAGCUGCGCAUCCGCUCGCUCUCUGCCACCUCUGACUACAGCUCCAGUCUGGAACGCACGCCGCGCAAGGUGAACUGGGCGUUCCAGGCGAGCACGAGUCAUGGGGGUUUGAAGGAGGAUGAAGGUUGGCAGUCUGACAGGCCGCUGAUGCCCAGCACAGAGCUGCAGGAGCUGGUGACCCGAGUGGCCCUUCUGGAGACACAAAUCAAAAACAGACAGAGCGACCCGGAGAAGAACAAGUGUGCCACCUGGCCUAGGAAGUACAACACGUUGAUUCAGGCACAGGCGCGGGAGCUGUCACACCUGCGUCAGAAGAUGCGAGAGGGGCGUGGCAUCUGUCACAUCCUCACACGACACCUGAGCGACACAACCAAAGCCUUCGAAGAGCUGCUGCGUGCCAACGACAUCGAUUACUACAUGAGCCAAAGCUUCAGAGAACAGCUGGCACAGAAUAUAUCACUCGCCCAGAGAAUCACAGACAAGAUCAGUGGACGUGAGCAUCCCGUUCAGCAAGAUGAUAAAACCGAUCAUGAACUCCUGAGAUUGAGUCAAGAGCUCCAACAGAAAGAUCGAAUCAUCGAGUCUCUUCACAACAAACUACAACAGCGACCCGACACGCCCUACAGCAGCCACGCCCCCUCUGAGACCACAGACCAAUCAGAUAUCAACUCGUUUGUGUCUGAUGAGAGAGGCUCCACCAAUGAGGAUGCGGAUCUGUGCUCAGACAUGGACGCAGCCAGUGAGUUCACACAGGAAGUGGCGGAGCCGACACCAAAAGACAGAGGUCUGUUUUCAGUACCCAAAACCCAGUACCUGUCUGGCCACUCAAAUACCAUGACCUUUGACCCCAUGCUCUGUCCCGGUGCUGACCCCAGGAUGCGGAAUGUCCCAGAAAAGUGUCCUCCGAGAGGUCAUAGGCCACCAAUGAGAACUUUGAGCGCUCCACACUCGCUCUCCAGCUAUCAGCUCAGCGCACACACACCCCGCUCCUUCAGUUACCCGCCAGUGUCCCAUCAUGCACCGGGACACGGACGACAGACAAACACAAGCCUGCUGGACAGCACUGCAUUGUGGGACAUGGAGAACAUGAUUCAGCCAAUCAGUGAAUUUGAUGGAUCGUCGUACUAUCAGGUCCAGUCCGGAAACAGCCAAUCAGGUGUGGACGUGAUCGAGGAGCACCUGAGAGAGAUCCGAUCUCUCCGUCAGCAUCUGGAAGAUUCUAUCAGAACCAACGAGAGACUGAGACAACAGUUAGAGAGACGUGUGGUCACAGCGGGGAGAGAGAAAGUUGCUCCUACAAACAUCUUCAUCCAGAGUCAUGACACAGUCAGUCAACUGACCAAUGAAAUCAGAGCUUUGAAAGAGGAAAAUUUGACACUCCAGUCCAAGUUAAAAUCCAGCAGAGAGAACAGUGAGGAGGUGGAGCAGCUGCGGGAGGUGGUGCUUUCUGGGCGUGUCCGUCUGAAGCAGGCGGAGUUAGAGGCGGGGCAAUGGAAGGAGGAGUUACUGAGGCUGCAGACACACAACUGUGAGCAAAGUCAACAAAUUCAACAACUGCGACAGGACAGACAAAACAGCCAGGAGCACAACAACAGACUGCAGCAUGAGGCGAGUUUACUACAGCAGCAGUUAUCAGAGAGUCGACAACUACUGCACUCACUACAGUGUGAACUACAACUGUACGACCGAGUGUGUGGAGGAAGAAAGAGCGCCCCAGCAGGAUACGUGUGUGAGGUGCAGUACCCGUCAGUGGAGUUAGGGGCGCUUUUGCUGGAGGUUCGAGCUCUAAAGUCUCAGCUGGAGCGCAGUGUGCAAGAGAACGGCGCCCUUCGUCUUCAGCUGCAGAAACAGCUCGAGCUGUUCGGCGGGCAGCGGCCGUCUCCCCUUAUACCUGCCAGCCCGCUGCGGGAUGUGCUUUACCGUCGCCAGCUGCUCCACGACCCCUCCCCCUCUCCUCCCGUGAGAGACGUGGGUCCAUUUUCUGCAGGACCGCCAUACUCGCCGUACUCUGAGCUGGAGGAGAACACGCUGAAUGCUAACGACUCACUCGAGCCUCAUGCAGAUCUAGAAGGAGAAGCUCCGGAUGGCUCAUUCGCUCAUCGUAAUGGCCGUCAUGUGAUUGGUCAUGUGGAUGACUACAGCGCGCUUCAGCAGCAGGUCUUGGAAGGCCGAGGGCUCCUUCAGCACAUGGAGGCUGCGCUGCAGUCCUGUCUCAAUAGUGCCCUACUGGAUGUCAGCGCUGGGAAUGCUAGGAAGUGUCUGGACUAUAGCACGGUGAAGACGCUGCUCUCCGACACAAACACUUUACGACAGAUUCUGGAAGAGGCCAUAUCUCUGCUCAAGAUGUUCUGGCGGGCAGCCCUACCAAGCAGCGAUGGCCCUGCCCACCUCAUCCAGAGGGAGCAGUCCAUGCGGGAAGAGAUCCAGACGCUGCGUCUGCGUAUCACCGAGCAGGAGGAAGUUCUGCAGGGAACCAUCCAACGUCUGCGCAGCUCCAACCGCACCAAAGAGAACAUGGAGACCUUCAUUGUCAACCAGCUGUCCAGGACUCGAGAUGUGCUGAGAAAAGCUCGAGUGAAUCUAGAGAAGAAUGAGCUCAGGAUUUCCUCUCUUAGCUCCUCCUCUUCCUCUCUUUGCCAUGGUAAAGUCCUCAAAGGUGUCUCUGCAGGGUCUUCUGAUUGGGGUCAUGUGACCCCUGCAUGUGCUGACAUCACCAUGGAAACAGUCGGUCUGCAGUCCAAUAAGAAGCAAGGCAGGGAGUGCCUUAAACCAACUGUCUGCCAUUAAACCAGCUAACACCUCUAACUAACCUGCCUUUUUAUCUUUCCUAUUUCCUUUCCCACUAGAAACAAAGUUCUUGCCUUCAGAAAUUACUAUAUUGUGCAUCCUGGUUGCCAUUGAAUGUGUUGAUGCCAUGUUAAAGUAGAGACUGUUAAAAGUCUAGAUGCCUGUUGGUUGGGUGUUUGUGAUAAGACACUUACAGAAAAGUGUUUAGGACACAUUUACUGUCCAAUGUCUAUAAUUCAGCGCUCUGCUGCUGUGACAAAGAUGAACUGGAAACAGACUGCUGGUGAAUUCCCUCGAGUAUUUCAGGGAAACAUCCACACAGCUGGUUAUAUGAGAGCAGCACUGUAACCUCCGAGUGCUGACCGCAGCGGCCCGUCUUUAAACGAUAUAAUAGCAGCAUGUGCAAUAACGUCAUGUGAGAUUUCACAGAAUGUUGUUUUACCCAAAGUAUGGGUAAUAUUCACACUAUUAUUAUUAUUGUCAUCCUCCAGUACUACUGACAGAAGUGGAAUGUUGUAUUUAGUAUUUGCAUGGGAGGUUUAUUAAACUCAAACUAGCACCUGUGUUUGUGAAGUUCACCAAAACGUGCCAAAGUUUAGACGGUUAAUUUCCCUCAUUUUGCUUUAACUGUCCCAUUUAGAGAGGUGUUGAUGUGGACACCUGUAUGUAAACUGCUCUCAAUAAACCCUCAGAAACAAUUCUUUUGUUCAUUACAUAUGAGCUUCCUUGUUAAAUGAUGGAUGACUUUAAAGAAUUAAUGCAUUAGUUAAGAGUACACACGAUAGAAAGCUGUUGAAAACUGAAAAUAAAAUAAACUGGCAUUGGUUUUUGUACAGCUGUUCCUGUGUGAAUAUAACCAAUGACCGUUUUCUCCACAUUUCUACAGAUGACAAACUUUGGCAGGGUAUUGGUGGGACCAGAGCUGCUGAUGUCACAAUCAUGUAGCCAAUCACAAUCAGAGGUGUUCAUUCGCUGCUCUCUUAGAUUCACGCUGUGUCAUUUUGCAUUGUUCAGAGGUGUACAUAAUGUUACUUGCUGUUGUAUUCAUUUUUAGGUGUGGUUCAGUAUUCUGAUUUACUUUGUAUGCAAAUGUAUGGGUGGUUAGCUGUGCAAUAAUUGAUCAUGUUGUGAGACAUUAUGUAUGAGUUUACAUGUUGCAUAUGCUGCUCAGUUGAAUGUGUUCAUUGCUUCAACGUAGAAGUUGCCUGAAAUAUUAUGGAGUUGCCUUGCCUCAGAUUUCUUUGCUUAGGCUGGAAACAGAGCUUGUAAUCUACACCGUACGUGAAUGUUGCUUUGCCUUUAAGGUGAUGAAUUCUCUUGAGAGAAGGAAAUGCAAUAUCAAUUUUAGGCCCUGUGUGCGCUUCACUAUAUUUGGACCUCGUAUUAUUUUAUUCAGAACCCCAAAAAUAACAAAUAACCCAAAUGAAAAGUAGCAAAUGGUCUGAAAAGAUGCAGGAAAUGUUUUGGAGAAUAUACCAAAGCUAAGCCAGUAAAACAAUAGAGAAAAGAGUUUCAUGUUGGUUCUGAAAUCUGUAUAAUAUGUAAAUAUAUUUGCUUAAAGACUCAUUUGUUGCCAUAGUUACUGAUGUGCUUGUGCCAUAAUAAAAGGUUGCCGACACAAGAGCCAAUCAAACUCUGUGUCUGAAGAUGAGGACUACAUGUAUGUUAUAUUGUAUUAUGAAGGCUGUUCUUGAAACACAUUUAAAUGAAUAAAUGCUGCAAAUGCGUUCAUUUUGUUUUCAUUAGAAUGUUGCAUGUUUAUCCAGUUUAGAACUAAUAAUUUGAAGCAAAAAACUAAAACAGAUUUUUUUCUAAGAGAAAAAAACAUUACAUUUUAAAAUUAAGUUUGUG